UGAAACAACUAUGGACUUCGAUUUGUUAGCUCCGUCCAAAUCAACGGACUCAGUCCAGCGUGUGAGAUGGGCUACUCAUUAGCUCUUGUGACAAAAAUUGGCCUUUGACGAUCAAACAAUUUUGCGAUGCCUAUGAUAAUGCUUAUCACAUCAUUGUGGUCCUCGAUGGACGGCAUAUUAAGGACCCUGCGAUGCCUUUGUAUCGCGUGGCGAUGUUUGUUUUACUCCUCUCUAAUCAGCCGGGGACGCUCGAAACGCCCAUCACGUGUGCACACCUCUCCUUUGAAGACGGCUUACGAAGGGAAAGACGGGAAAGACGGGAAACCAAGCAUAUUGUCGACACUUUUGUACUCUCUUCGGCGGGAAACCCAAAGGAGGAGAAGAAUAUAUCCUUGGUUGCUAGCACAGCAGUCGGGGAUCGCGGGGAACAGGCCCCCUUCAAGGAUGGGCAGAAAACAUGACCCUCCACCGCACACACUCCCACAUGCGCACUUAGUAUCAGGCUAUGGGCAGAAAGAGACGCAGAGAGGCGCACGAUGCAACGAAAUGUGUCAAAUAGCCGAGAUGGUGAGCAGUCGUAGUGGUAAUGGUAGUGGUAGUAGUAGUAUUCGCCCCCCGGACGCCAGAAACAAAAGCACCCAAUAAUGCUAUGGUAUGAUAUGCAUGUGAUGAGCCUGGUUCGAUGUUUGUUCAGAAGGUCAUGUCCCUAUUGCUCUCCCGAGUUUCCCAAACCCCCCCUAUUGACUCCUCACCCCGAAACACCCGUAUAGGGACGAUGCUUAUCCAAACCUGGACGAGCUCCGAGUGUCGUCAAGUUCCUCAUAUGCGAAA